GUAAUUGAGAUUUAUUAUCAACUCUUUAAUCAUGAAAUUUGUUACCUGGUUUAUAGUUUCUUAUGUUCUUAUUUUUCUGGUUCUGAGCGCUUGUAAAGAAGUGGGAGCUGAAGGACUGUGUAAUAGAAUAGAAGACAUUGAUGGAAAUUGCGAUUCUAACGGAGAGAAGGAGUGCUUGAAAUUCAUGACGAAUAAAUAUAAGAAAGAAAGACAUGUUAACUGCACAUGCACUAACCUUUACAUGUUACACAAGACCAAACGCUUUUGCGAAUGCAAACAUCACUGCUCAAGAUGAAACUACAACUCCAUAACCAACAGUAAUUGUUUUUACUAUUUACUAAUAUGUUAUGGCUUUCCAACUAGUAUGAGUUUUUUUCAAUCAAUU